AUGAAACUGUCACAGGCAUUGGUGCGAACACCCUUCUCUGCAACUUCACCAGCUUUAAUCCGCACCCAAAAUUCCAUCUUGACCUCAAAUGGAAGCAGAAGGGUCUUUGUCUUUGGGCACCAAAGCCUCAGAAUCCCGAGUUGCGCCUGCAGCAACACGGGAUCCGCUGUUUCUUCUUCUGCGGCCGCGAAUUCUUCUUCGCCGCCGCAUGUUGCUUCCAAUUCUGGAUAUGAUUCUGUGGUGACUCAGGAGCAGCCAGGGAAGUUGGAGGCCUUAGAGGAAGCCAUUGAGAAGGCGAUUUAUAGGUGCCGGUUUAUGGCUCUUCUGGGAGUAUUUGGGUCUUUAAUUGGAUCAUUGCUUUGUUUUGUCAAGGGCUGCACAUUUGUUACAGCGUCGUUUAUGCAAUACUUUGUCAACCGCAGUAAAGUAAUCCAAACGCUAAUAGAAGCUAUUGAUGUCUAUCUUUUAGGAACUGUGAUGCUUGUCUUUGGAAUGGGUCUCUAUGAGCUCUUUGUCAGCAAUCUUGGCAGUGCAACCUCUCUUCCAGAUCAAAAACCUUCUGACAGAUCAAGUCUCUUUGGUCUAUUCACUCUAAAGGGACGACCAAAAUGGCUGAAUUUAAAAACUGUGGAUGAACUGAAAACCAAGCUUGGUCACGUCAUAGUGAUGCUGCUUCUGAUUGGGUUGUUUGACAAAAGUAAGAAAGCUGCCAUACACACUCCUGUGGAUUUGUUAUGCUUCUGUAUUUCUGUCCUCCUUUCUUCUAGUUGCCUCUUUUUGCUGUCUAAGCUGAAUUAG